AGGCCAGCAAGCUCCCUCGUAUGUUCCUUCGGCGACUGUCGGUCAUCCUUGGGCAUCUACCGUUGACCUACCGUGUCCCUCUCACACAUCCGUCACUCGACAAUUACCGAUCUUUUACUACCGAAGCUCUCAGAACAAUGCGUGUCGUGCCUGUGCCCAACCAGGCGGACAAUUAUGCUUACCUGUUGAUUGAUGAGGCGACCAAGAGAGCGGCCGUGGUGGAUCCUUAUGAUGUUAGCAAAGUCGCUAGAUAUGCUCAGAAGGAGGGUGUUGAAAUCGAGAGCGUGUUGACCACUCACCAUCAUCACGACCACUCGGGGGGCAACCUGGAGUAUGUCCGCGAGUAUCCCGGUGUCCCCGUGUUUGGCGGUUCAACUGCUGUGCCAGCGUUGACGAAGAAGGUCGCCGAUGGCGAUGAGUUUUCUGUUGGCGAGGAUAUUAGUGUCAAAUGCUUGGCUACGCCCUGUCAUACUCAGGACUCCAUCUGCUACUAUGCUACGUCCAAGUCAAAGCCUGAGCAAGCUGGCCUUGUCUUCACGGGUGACACACUCUUCCAGGCGGGGUGCGGUCGCUUCUUUGAGGGCAAUGCAGAGGAAAUGCACAAGGCGUUGAGCUACUUGGGAACCCUGCCGGAUCAGACCAUCGUCUACAAUGGCCACGAGUACACUAAUUCGUCUAUGAAGUUUGGCAAGCAUAUCGAACCUGAAAAUCCGGCAUUUGGAAAGCUAGACAACCUCGUCAAGACCCAGGAGAUGACCUGCGGGAAGUCGACGAUUGGCGAUGAGAAGUCAUGGAACGUCUUCAUGCGUCUUGGCAGUACGGAGGUUCAGAAGGCCACGGGCGAGACCGAUAAAGUCACGAUGAUGAGGAAGCUUCGUGAGAUGAAGAACUCCUUCAGGGGCUGAGAUCGGGAAUCAGAUUAUCGGGUUGACGUCCUGCACAUGGUGUAUUACGAUGUAAGAAAACUGG